UGAACCUCCUUCCUUUGUUAUCACAAAAAUCACGGGACAGUCGUUGCUCGUAAAGACAGUCAUGGAGACCUGACACAGAAAGACAUGUGAUUGUGCAGAGAGCAGAAAAGCUGCUGGUCGAGCAAAGGCAAGGAAAACGGUUUUCCCGGAUGCGCUUUCUGACUGGUUUGUAUCGGUUUUCUCAAAGCUGGCAUUCCUUUGCUAUGAUCUUGUUCGGGCUGAAACAAACAAUGAUUUCUCGUUGUAUUUCUUCAUGCGGACUUUUAAAUGUAGGGCUUCGUGCUUGACUUCGAAACUUUCUUUUCGGGGUUAGUAGUCCUUAUAUUAAUCAAAACGUCUUUUAAUCCACCCCUAAAACGUUGAAUUUGAGCCCUUUGAGGAUUCGUUUGUAAUAGAGAAGCUACACACUUUCUUGUAAAAAUGACUUCAGUGCAUUUUAACCCUGGAUUAGAUUCCAAGGAGGUUAAUGGUAAUGGGGUGAAAGAGGAGGCAGAGGUGCGGAUCGACGAUGGAAAGGAAGAGACUGAAGACCCAGACACCAUGUACCAUCGUGUCCGGAAAGCUAUAGCUCCUUUUGUGAUGUCUUUUGGUUUUCGUGUCUUUGGCCUGGUACUGAUCAUCGUGGACAUUAUUCUGGUCAUCGUGGACUUUUCUAUUUCCAGCAGUGAUCGCGAAGUUAGAAAAGCAAUGGAGUCUGUUUCUCUUGUCAUCUCCUUCUUUUUCCUCAUCGACGUGCUGCUCCGUGUGUACGUGGAAGGGUUCAAGGUGUAUUUCAGCUCCAAACUGAAUAUACAAGACGCUUGUAUUGUGGUCAUUACCCUGGUGGUCACCAUGAUCUACGCAUUCACCGAUCUCUCCGGAGCCAGUCUGGUUCCCAGGGCCGUCAAUUUCCUGAGAUCUCUGAGGAUAUUGAUUCUGGUACGCGCCUUCAGACUGGCCUCUCAAAAGAAAGAGAUUGAAAAGGUCACCAGGAGAAUGGUGUCCGAGAACAAAAGACGGUACCAGAAAGAUGGGUUUGAUCUGGACCUCACUUAUGUCACGGAAAGAGUCAUUGCCAUGUCUUUUCCAUCGUCCGGGAAGCAGGCGCUCUACAGGAACCCAAUCAGAGAGGUCGUUAGGUUCCUGGACGCCAAACAUCUGGAUCACUACAAGGUGUUUAACCUCUGUAGUGAGAAGGGUUACGAUCCGAAGUUCUUCCACUAUAAAGUGGAGCGUGUUAUGAUAGACGACCACAACGUGCCAUCGCUCGAAGAUAUGCUGCGGUACACGGCCUGUGUUAGGGAUUGGAUGACGGAAGACUCCAGAAACGUGAUCGCCAUCCAUUGCAAAGGUGGAAAAGGGCGGACCGGGACGAUGGUGUGCACGUGGCUCAUCGACAGCGAUCAGUUUGAGAGCGCGCAGGAGAGUUUGGAUUACUUUGGGGAGAGACGGACUGAUAAAAGCAUGAGUUCGAAGUUCCAGGGCGUUGAAACUCCCUCACAGAGUCGGUACGUCGGUUAUUACGAGAUCAUGAAGAACCAGUACAACCGUCAGCUACCACCUCAGAAGAGCCUGAAAAUAAAGAGCAUUCGAAUACACUCCAUCGCAGGUGUAGGGAAGGGCAAUGGGAGCGACCUGAAGGUGAAGAUUAUAGUGAAGCGAGAGCUCAUCUUUCAGUGUGUUUGUGCCAAACAGCAGAACUGUGCAGUGUUUCCUGACACCGGUAACAAUGCGGUCGUCAUCAGUUUACAGGAAGGGCCUGUUGUGACUGGAGACGUGAAGGUCAUGUUUGAGUCCAGUGCUGGUUUGCCAAAGGGUUACGAGGACUGUCCUUUCUAUUUCUGGUUUAACACCUCUUUUGUUGAAAACAACAGUUUGUAUCUCUCAAGGGAGGAACUGGACAACCCACACAAAUCAAAGACCUGGGCCAUCUAUAAGGAGGACUUCGGAGUGACCUUGUACUUCACAGACCCUUGAGAAGAAAAUUCACAGAUUGUUUACUAUUUCUAGUCCUUUUGUACAAAUGGAUAUGUCUUGAGGUAUAUUUACGGUAAGCUUCAAACUGAAGCCAGUGUAAACAAUCUAACGAAUUUAAAGAUGAUUUGAAUGUGAUAAAAACAUGUAAAAAUAUUGUUUUUUUUUUCUCCCAUGCUUUUGUUUUUGUAGUUGUACUGUGGUUUCGUUUAUCUUUGGCAGCAGUAAAAGUUAUGAAGAAAUGAUACAAAA